UUUUGAAACAAGCGUCACGUCCGCUCUCCGCUGGCCGUUCCACCUUUUCUUUGCUUGAGGUCUUGUUCGAGUGAGUCUGGUCAGUGGACUGUUGUUUAUUUUUAACGUAAGUUUUGCGGAAAGUUAACGGUCUACACUUCAGUUGGAAUGUAGUAAAACGCUUGAUCCCAUGCGACUUUAGCACCUGCGCGAUUUGUGAAAAGUGCACGAUAUCUGAGCAGCUACAUGUUCAAAGUAACGUGGUUGUGAAACGGGCUCAUUGGCCACCGUGGAGCUUGUGGCUGCUGGACGUCACUGAUCCGUAAGCACCGACUUGAGGAAAAUGGGCAAAAACAAACGCGGGAAGGGAAGAGGUCAACCCCGGCAGGGGAUGCGUCCUCCAGGACCCCAUCCGGCUGAAGCGCUCUGGCCCAGGCCUUCUCCUCCCGGCGGGUUUCGCGGACCCGCUCCAUUCCGCCCGAUGGGUCCACCUGGGCAAAGGUUUCCCAUGCCUCCAAACGACUUCGGACCGCAACAAAGAAUGAUGAUGAACAACAUGGGAGGAGGCGAUAGACGGUUUAUGGACGAUGAACCGUUACACGAGAUGAAUUUCCAGGACAGACCCGGAUUCUUCCCGUUUGAAAACCGCGGUGACCCUCGCUUUCCCCAUCAUCCGGGGUUUGAUGACAGACCGCCACCGCAACGCUUUCACCCACCAGAGUGCGGACCGCGGUAUCAUCCUCCGGAUUUUGCCGAUCGACCUCCGGACUUUUACUCCAGACCGCCGAACUCAUACCCGUCUGAGUUUAAUGACAGACCGGGUUUUCCUAUGAUGAACCCCGAAUAUGAACCAAUGGAUUGUUAUCGUCCAAGAGACCCAAAUUAUAUACCGCCGAUGGAUGUACAUGGCAACCCUGCAUUUAGAGAGAGUGGAGGGUUUGCUGGACCACCACAAGAUUUUCAAGGCCCAGGUCCAGUACCACCACAACCCCAGACAUUUAAGGCCCCUGGCAUGCCUCCCCCCAGAAAACCCUGUCCACCACAACCGCAGAAGAAAAAAGAACCGGCAAAACCUGUAGAGAAUAAAACCGAGCCUUCUAAGACUGUGGCAUCCAAGAUAACAACAUUCAAGAAUAUCAUAGCAACUCCACCUCGUGGACGCUCAUUGGGAGUCAUUACAUUUGUUGGCAAUAGUUGUGGUUUCAUCGAGCGUGAUGAUCUGAGGAAAUAUUCUUUCGCUUUCAAUGCCUUUUACGGAAUCCAAGCUCAUCUGGUGCCUGGGGUUAAAGUGCAUUUUACCGUAGUAAAGACUAUGGGAAAGGAAGUGGCGACUGAUGUGAAAGUGGCCCCAGGAGGAACGGAGGACAUCGAGAGUACGUUGUAUGAAGGUGUUGUUAUUGCAACACUUACUGAUGACAACACAAAGGAGCCUUAUCCCGGCCGCGUCCGAGCCAUUAUCUCUGUGGAUCCCAUUAAACUGGCCUUUGGGAAGACGGACACCAGUGUGACUCUUCUGAUGUAUGAUCGUGUGGAGUUUCACCUGAUGUCUAAUGUUCUUACUAAGGAACAAAGAGCCACAAACAUCAAACCAAAAUUACCAGACACUUUUGAGCUCACUAAGGAAAUCAGGGAGAAGGGUGUGAUCGUGGAAAAGGCCAAUGGAACCCUGACCAUUAAGUCAGAGAAACACGAUAAUCUGACAGCCUCUGCUGCCGACCGCUUGUCUGAAGAUGAACUGAUUGUGAAUGAUAAAGUGGAGUUCACAGUUAUGUCUGGCAAUGACACAAAGAAGGCCAUCCGACUGAAAAAGCUUUCUGAGGGAACUCUUAAUCAGGACAAAGCGAAUGAAGAUAUUUCUGAGAAAAACACAGCCGUAGCUUCUCCUGCCAAAGAUAGGUGGAAGCCGGUGACCUCGGAGGCUGGGUGUCAGGAGUUGGUUGUCUCCAGUGAAAAACACGAGGGAACCAUUCUCAAAACCGCCUCAAAGAAUUCACAAACACCGGAAAAGGAGACGGCCAAACAGGAGCCUGCUCUGGGUCUUCUGGUUACUACGGUGGAGGGUACAGACAAAAAGUUGUCUUUCAGAUCAGCUGACGUGAUCACAAAAGCCACCAUGAUGGUCGGUGACAAGGUCCAGUUCAACAUCUCCACCAACAGUGCGACUAAGGAAGAGAGUGCUGUCAACUUGGUGAUUCUUCCCGAGAGCUUCCAGACAGACUCUGAAGAGCGACGAAAGAAUGGUCACGUUAUCAAGCUGGAUGAUAAUUCUGGCUUCAUCAAGACACAACAGGACCCAAAAAUAUUUUUUAACAUGAGUGAGGUCAUGGAAGAAACCAAGCUCACUUUUUUCGAGAAGGUUGAAUAUUCGAUUGCACCGAAUGAAGGAGCUGCCGGUGGAAGUCAAGCUAUUAGAAUAAGACGACUGAAUGAGGGCAUCUUCACCUCUGCAUCAAAGCUAGAGGCCGUUGGGGUUAAAGAAAAGCAGAAGAAUUUGACCAUCAAGUUGCUGCAGGAUUCAGUGGACAAAAUCAAAGAAGAGGUUAAAACGGAAGGAAGUGACUCGAAUACUGCGGUCAAACCAAACACGGGAACAAACAAGAAGCCACCAUCAACAAUAUCGACGGGGGAACUGAAGAAGGAAUGUGAAAUCAAACAAGAAAAAGUGAAAAAAGACGACAGAUCACAAAGCAGAGACAAGGAUGCUAGUCAUCGCAGACGGAGUCGCAGCAGAAGCAGAGAAAGCAAUUGCCGCAGGCGGAGUCGCAGCGGAAGCCGCAGCCGGGACAGAUUUGGCAGAGUUCACAGGAGUUCCAGCCGUGAGAGGAGGGACAGCAGAUACAGAUGCAGUCGGAGCAGAGAACGCUCGGAGAGACGCCGGCGCAGUCGAAGCAGAGAGAAGAGUAGCCGAAGUGCCAGGAAAAGAAGCUACAGCCCAGAUUACAGAGAUGAUCGCUCUAAAAAAUACAGCAGCAGUAAAGAUGCCAAUGCCAGCAACAGGAAAAGAGACAAAAGCCCUGAGGAAGAUGUAGACGGUGAAAUAUCGAAGAAAAGGAAAGAGCUGAUGGAGCUCAAUGAGAUGAUUGCCCGUAAGAAAGCCAUUGUCGCUAUGGAGCAUAACGCUAAAAGAUUUGAGGUCGAGGGAGAAGGACAACAUGGAGUUCAAACCUUCGAUUACCAACAUUGUGAGAACCUGUGGAUGCCUGAAGUAAAACCAGUUAAGUCCAUUUUGAAGAAACAAUCCGAGCUUCACAGCGAUCUUCCUCUUCAGGUUUCUGCAAGCGAGGAAACUUCUCCGUUCGUACAAAGCGCUGGUAUCCCAUUCCCAUCUCCAGACUCGCAAAGGACAAGCGCUUUCAAAUCGAAUACACCCGUUUACUCUACACUGGAAGAUGAACCUCAGAAGAGUUUGACUGCUUCGAGGUCUAAGAAGAUACCUUUACUUCAUGUCCAUGAUCCAGAACUGGAGAGAAAAAAGAAGCAGUUGGAUGAACUCAGUGAGUCCAUAGCACGCAAAAGAGCAAUAAUUGCCUUGGAACAGAAAAGCAGAGGUGUUCAGGACGUAACUGCGAUGAAAAGGGAAUUUGAGAUGAACCCUGACUCGGAACAGUUUGUGUUACCCAAAAAGAACUUCUGGAGCGCUGAGAUCAAACCCAACAUUCAACCGAAAAAGUCCAUUCUGAAGAAACGCACAGAGCUUCUCAGUUUUCAGAGUGACACAACCUCAGUUGAUAAUUAUGAUCAAGUCAAGCCAAGUCAGGAUGAUUCUCUUUUUACAAAACCAUCUUUUCAAUCAACGGCAGCCUCCCCAUUCGUCAAGUCUUCGAAUCCACAACCUGUUCGUUCCGAUACUUUAGGCUUAUUCAACAAAAUCAUAAAUGAAUCACAACCCUCCCUGUUUAACAAGCCCGCCAUUGUCCCAAAGUCACUCGCACAAGCAUCCAAUCUAAGAUCUUUACAUGACCAAAACCCUCUCUGCAUGUCUAAAGCAACCGGUUCUCAAGAGGGCCAGCACAGGGUCAUCUCUUCUCGACCUCAUAGCGAAAGCCCUUCUACAAGUCAGACCUCACCCUCCGAUCAAAAGCGUACCGUUACGACACAAAUGGAGCGCUUUCUAAGCGCUCUCAACAAGGCCGACUCCAGCCUUGUGAGCUCAUUGAUUCAAGACGCUAGAAGGGAUUUGCCUGUAGUAAGCAAACCGAAGCCCCCUCAGCAGCACUUAGAUAGAAACAUACCCUUCAUGGAUGAGAUUUACGAUCCUUUUCAAGAAGACGACGAUGACAAUGAUGAGCCCUCCCCUGAAGUAAGAGACGCGGGUAGACAUUCCAUCCAAAAACUGGGCAAAAGCCUUAUGGAGGCAGAAGACCCGAACCAAGAUGACCUCUUGCCUCACGAACGAGCCAUACAGGAUGGUAGUGGUUUUUCUCAGCUUGUUGGAACAAAAUAUGGUGUACAAGCCACUGCGAAAGCUGAGAGGAAGCUUCCCUACGGUCAUCAAAUGGCUCCGGAUAAUUGGUCCGCACAUCAAGCAGAACCAGAUUGGUCCGAACAAUGGAAAGCAUACACAGAGGAUAAAAAUCGGUAUUCGCCUAAACAAGAGGUGUAUGCUGAUGAACCAGAUCUGUACAGAGAAAGUAGUCAGUCCGCAGAAUACCAGAGCAUCAGUCCAAACAUCCAGCAUUCUUACGUAAAAGAGAUGCCCGAUAGCACGUUUGAUAAAAGCGUAGCACGCCAGCAGUCCGAAGAAAGCAACGAGGAUAAAAAAGAGGAUCAGUUUGAAAAGAUUCAAAGUCUUCUUCAAACAAUUGGUUUUCAUUUAGACACAGGAGAGGUUAGCAAGUUGGCAGACAGGACAAGAGAGCGGUUGUACGGCAAGGCGGUGAAACCUCACAGCAUGCCGUCUUUUGACAGAAAUAGAGAGUCGUCUGUGAGCCAAUCCGAGCGUGGAGGGAGUAGCAGGGCAGAUUCCUCCGACGCCGAAGGCUUCCGAUUGGUUUCUCCGGCUCAGUCGUCUAAUCGUAAGGUUUACAUGAGCUACAAGGACUCUGUUAAAAACAAAGACCAACUCAAAGUGGAAGAUGUAGACCUGACCAGCAUUAAACGGACCAUAUUGAACGUGAAGUCGGGAGAUGAUACGUCGGAUCCCGUCACGCCGUCAGCCGAGCUGACAACGGUUUCUCCGGCUUCUUAUCAACCGGCAGCUGAAGCUGAAGCUGAAGCUGCCGGUUCCCAGUAUGCUCAAAACACCAACGUUCCAGCCUUUCUGGCGUCGCAAUAUUCUCACUACAGUAAUGAACACAAUCCGUGGAGUUGUGCUUAUUCUCAGUAUGCUUCAUAUGGCACGUAUGGCGCUAUGCCUCCGCCAUCUUUUCCUAGUUUUCAUAUGCCUCCGAAUAUGAUGCCUGGUUAUAGUUCGUACGACCCGCAAUCGGUCAAUCCGUAUCUUGUGGCUCAUCCGCACUUGCCAGUUCCCUUUGCGCCCUCCAACAACAUUGUCAUCUCCCCUGUAGAGACCAAAAAAGGCCAGCCGUCGGUUAGGUGCCUCAAAACAAUACAAACUGUUAACAUGACCGCUGCCACGGACGUGGAACCUGCCGCAGACGUGACUGCUGACACACAUCCUGCAAGUGAACACCCGAUGCAGACUCGGUCGAAGCUGGGUGUUCGCUUUGUGUACGAAGUUGGGAAAGCACAGCAGGUGGCUACCAUAACAGAGGAACAGAAGAAACGGCUUGAGCAGUUUAACCAGAGAAUGAAGCUGAAGAAAGAGAAGCAACUGGAAGCCCAGCGAUCACGUGGACAAAAACAGAAUUCAACUCCAGGUAAAAGUACCCCCAGUGAGAAAAAGAAUGUGUGGAUAUGUGGCCACUCUCUGGUGUUUUGGGCUGAGAAGAGGGCAAAUUCACUGGAGUUCGGCGGCCAGUUGGGCAUGCACCCCAACAGCGCCCGCAUCUGGUGGAAGGGCAUGCAGGGCCUGACGAGGCAACAGCUUCUGCCUUUGCUGCUGGAACUGAGAGACAGCUGGCCCAAACCCGACGUCCUCAUAGUCCACUUGGGCGGAAAUGACAUCAGCACAACUCCUCCAGACCUUUUCAUUAGUUAUGUGAAGAAAGAUCUCUCCUCACUCAAGAACAUAUUCCCCGGAUGCCUGCUGGUGUGGUCUGACAUCCUGUCACGGCAGUUCUGGAGGGAUGUAGAAGACAGCAGAGAAAGGGACAUCAUUCGCAUGGGCAUUAAUGACAGCAUACAUAACGUUAUGACUAAACUUGGUGGCACCUUUGUGACCCAUGACAAUAUAAGUCCCAGUUCUGGACUUUAUAGACCAGAUGGUGUGCACCUGUCUGGGAAGGGCAUCGACACGUUCAAUCUGAACUUGCAGGAGUUUUUGGAGAAGAGCGAGAUUGAGAAGGAAAAGUCACUAAGGGUGCCGCUUCAUGAAAAAAAAGCUUUUGUUUCCUAAUGCGUUUUAAGUUUUCUCUUGUAUAUUGAGUUCUUUUAUAUGUGUGUGUGUGCUGUUGUAGUUUGUAAAAACAGCCUAUAUACAAUGAAAUGUAAAAAUACUUUUCAAUGCACGCGAAGAUUUUGAAUGAUUUAGCUUCUGUUUUUUACAUGUUCUGUUUUAUACAUUCUCUUUAAUGUCAAAUAAAUAAAAAAUGUGAUCACCUUACUGGACAGUAUAGUGCCUUUUAAUAAAAAAACAUGUAUAAUACAUACAAGAGAUUGGACAUUCUUAUUUAUAAUACAUAUGACAGAUUGGAUUAUUUUGGGAUUCACAACUUGAGUAAAUUAUUGUUUUAAAGGGACUGUUCACCCCAAAAUAAAAAUUCUGUCAUCAUUUAUUCACUCAUUCACCCUAAAAUAUCCUCAUUUGUGUUCUGCAGAAGAAACAAAGUCAUAUAGGUUUGGAAUGACAUGAGGGGGAAUAAAUGAAAUUUUAUGAAUAAAAAUACUUUUUUUUAAAAAUAAUUUUGGGGUGAACUAUCCCUUUAAAGGUGCAGUAAUUACUUUCGGAGAAUAUGGGUUGAUCUGUGAAAUUGUUACACAAACAAACACUCCUGCCAAUAAUGAACAUUUGUACACUCCUUCCCGUCAUGAGUUUUUAUCCCCCCUAAUGUUGACUGGUUGUUGUGUUGUGUGGAUCGGUUCAUCCACUUUGUUUUUCUCCUUUUUACACAGUUUGUCAGCACACAUAGAACCGAUAUCUUGCAAACAUUCACAAAAUUGUUUGUUUAGGUGUCAGUUUCUCAGAAGUCGCUUAUCUAAUGGGAUUUUUUUAAAGUAUUAUAUAAUGCGGUGGUUCCCAAACUUGUCCUGGAGGACCCCUAGUACUGCACAUUUUGUACAUUUCCCUUAUCUGACACACCCAAUUCAGGUCUCUCAGUCUCUUUUAAUGAGCUAAUGAGUUGGAUCAACUGUAUCAGAUGAGGGAGACAAAAUGUGUAGUUAUAGGGGUCUGCCAGGGCAGGUUUGGCCACCACUGAUAUAAUGUAUUCAUGACUAAAAUACAUAUAUGAUGUCCUAGUACAUUUAUUUGAAAAAAGGUUUACAGAUUAAAUCUGGACCUGUUAAUAAGACUUUCAUGCACAGUCUCCAUUGAGGAAAAAACAUCAGUAUUUUUACUUGCAUGAAAACCUUAUUAAUCUGAAUGUCCUUGUCUUAAUGUCUACACUGUAAACCCAAAUGUUCAAAAUAAUCAAACAGAUUAAGUAAUGUAAACUUAAUUUUAUAAAAAAGUUCUACUAACUUAAAUAUUUUAAGUUCGUGAAACACUUUUUUACUUUUGAGUAAAGUAUAAUGAUUAUUUUUGAUUAACUUGACUAAAACUCAAGAAUUUUAUUUGCUCCUUACUUAAUUUAAACAUGUUAAUUCAACAAUUGGUCAAGAAGGAUUUCCAAUUCCCAGCAUGCUUUGCGUCAGACUGCAUUAUGAGAGUAAAUAAAAAAAUAUGAUUAUUUUAUAUGUUUUUAGUAAAGUUAAAUACUUGUUAGUGUUUAAUGUUCACUUCUCUUAGAUAUUUAGAAGAGUUUGACAUAUUUUUCAGUUUUGUGGUUACCAUUGUUUAGAAGAGUGGUGCAUGUGCCUAGUCUCUGCGAAGCUACAUUUCGCAUGUAAUAUGUGUUAUGUCACCAGUGAGCAGUAACUGUUCUAAUGCCAGUUCUGAGAUCAGUCUCUUCUUGCUCAUUUUGGAUUGCAUAAGUCAAGGUGUUUGAUUUAUGCAUAUUAAGACUAAGGAAUAUGCAAAAUAAAAAAAUGAAAGAAUUUAGUUUAGUUAACUUAAAAAUGCAGUUUUGGUACUUAUUUGUUUAAGUUCUGUCUACUUAAUUUCAUAAAAAGGAUAAAUUAAAUAUUUAAGUCGCACUAACUAAGAUUUGUUAAGAACUUUAACUUAACAGUAAUCAAAAUUUGAAGGUUCUGCUUGCUUAAACCAAGAAUCUCUAAAACUCAAAAAUUUUGAGGCAACGAGUUGAUGUAGGUCUGGAGCAUCCAAAGCACAGCCUGGAAUCACAACAUGAACAUGUGUUUGCACAGUUUGAUUUGAUUUUUCCUUGCACUGAAUAAUUGUAACUCUGAAUAACAGAAAACUGGUUUUGUUGGGGUAAGUAGUUGUACUUAAUGUCUUUUAAAUUGAUACACGUUACAUUUAGGAGAUGCUUUUAUUCAAAGCGACAAAGAAAUUAGGAAACAAAGCAAUCUGUGGUAAGGAGGCAAAAAUACAAUUAGUGCUUAAACCAACUCAUGUUUUCACAAAGCCAGAUCAAAACCUGUUGAGAGAGAGGUAGUGUUAGUUUUUUAAGAAGUUAACAUUUACCUGUCAAGUAUUCACAGAAAAUGUGUGUUUUAAGGUGCGUUUUGUUGUAAGAGAUGUGGUUAACCACACUGCAUUUGGACGAUCAUUCCACCAGCGUGGAUAAGUGAAGCAGAAUGAGCUGAAACGUAAUUUAGAGCCUGUUUGUGCCUCAAUGGUAUCCAGAGAGAUAUGAUCACAUCAAUGUAAUAGAAAAUAUAUAGUUAAUUAUUAUAGAGAGAUUGCAUUAUGGACUGCAGUUAAUGCACGUUGUUCAAGUUAUAAAUUCAAUAAUACUUUAAUAAAGGUUAACAGGUUAAGAUGGACAGGAUUCCCACAGGAAAUAUAGGGAGUUUCAAAUCUAGGUUUUUUUGGGGGCUGGAAAACAAUCACUAGAUUUUUCCUGACACUAUUAUAUUGUAUUACUCCGUGUGGAAUAUGCAGAUUUUCUGUCAGUUUGUGAAUAAUGAAUAAUGUGUUUUUUAGAAGGUGUAUUUAUUGUGAGAAUAUAUUUAAGUAUAUAUUUUAAAAAGGAGUUUAUUUCUUUCAAUAUAGCUUAUGAGAGAGAGUGAUGAGUUGCUAUAACAAGAAAGUUGAAAUAGCUUUAGUGAGUUAAAGGAACAUAAAACAUUUGUUGAUAUGAUUUAUUCAUCACAUUUUGUCCCAAUGAAGUCAUUCAGAACUGUAUCAGAGCCAAGAAGUCGACUGUAAAGCCUCUUAUGGAAUAAAUGAUUCAUUCUAAUAGAAUGUUGUACAUAUGUCUGCGUUCAAACACUCAUUUCUCAUACAGUUCAUCGCGUCUCAUGGUUUUUGGUUACACGUGGUGUUCGUGAUAUGAAAUUUCACAUCGUAGGUAUCUGAUGAAAUACUGUUGCUGGAUGUGAAGUACUUUUAAUUUAGGUAUACAAACGUGUUUUACUAGCAUACCUACCUACACACACACAGGUAUUAAGGAUUUGUAUAUUUUUGGAUUAAUGUGUUAGAAACAUGUUAGAAAUUAAAUAAACAGACAUCUAUGUACGGUUGUGUUUGUCAUUUCAUCCAGAGAACAUACAUUUUCAUGUUUCAUAAUUAAAUAAAGGAAAAAAUGCUAUGAUUGAAAAACUCAAUUGGUUAACCAUAAAUAACCACAUCACACAUACAAAAAGUAAUAGUUUUAACAUCAUUUAACUUCAAAUGUGGUAAAAAAAAUUCUUAAAACUCCCUGCAGUGUGAUUUAAGAUUUAGUGACAUUUCAUUUAAAUAGUAAAUUUUUGAUGAACUUUGAUUUAUCACCACCUGUUUUUUAGUG